UGUUUUUGGUCUGCCUCUUUUGUAACGUUACCUGUCGUCCUUUUUGUCAAUACUUGAUCCUGGUGAGCGAAGUGUGCAGCCCUGUCUUGGUUCUGACAUGGCCAACUCUUUAAAGGGCGAGGUUAUCAGGCUUUACAAAAAUCUGCUCUAUCUCGGCCGUGACUACCCCCAGGGGUUUGUUUAUUUCAGAGGGCGCCUGAAGGCAGCCUUCAUGAAGAAUAAAGACGUGACGGACCCCGACAAGAUCAAGAAGCUGGUGGCGCGGGGAGACUUUGUCAUCAAGGAACUAGAGGCUCUCUAUUUCCUCAGGAAAUAUCGAGCCAUGAAGAAGAGAUAUUAUGAACCAGAGAAAUAAUAACUACGAUCAGACAGACCUGCAGGGUUAACCUCAAAUUAAAACACACGGACCUUUUCUGUUAAUGGAAUUGCACUGUGGCAGCAUUUCAUGAUGAUCUGAGGCACCUUCAGAAUGUUCUUAGCCAUAUUUGUACCUUAAUAUCAUGCUCAUGUCAAACUCAAAUAGUGUAACUAUAAUGUACUUCUGUCCAUAACGCUCUUCGGGUGAAUUGAUUCUACACAUCUUGACUUGUGAUGUAAAUAUGAGCUACCUGUGUUUCAUAUUAAAGCGUGUAUAUAUUUGUAA